GUCUUUAUGGAUGAUCUCAUUAUGAUGUAUUGAAGAACACAACCACUAGUGACACCUAUUUGAUUUAAUGCUGGCAAUGAUGACAAUUUUAAGAUUUAAACCCACCUCUUCCGGCAAUUCAUUUUUUAUUUGAUGUAUAACUUCUUCCUUUCCUUCCCCUCCCCUGUUUGUAAUCUCAGAACCAUCCAGGUAGAUCAGCUCCUAUACAAGAACAAACAGUUGCUCAGUAUCUCCUGGAUGCUGCCCAAGAUGUAAAAUUUUGGCUGAUAAACUUCUUAGUACUUUGACGAGGUUGAGAUUGAAUAAUUUUUCAUGGUACAGAUAACUUAUCCGCACAUCAAGACUUACUUGACAAUGCGAACCUGUGGAAUAUCCUUAGAAAACAUUCAAUCUGAAGGUCGCCAGUCCGUGAAAGAUGGUAAAGCUGUAAAUAAUGCAUCAAACUUAUCAGAGCCAUCUUUAGAAACACGUCACCCGGAAAGUCGUCUUGAAGCCGACAUAUCUACCGAAAGUAGGAUGGAAGUUGAUGAAGUAGUAUCUUCUACACCUGUCAAUGGUUGCCAGGUACAGAAGCUUCCAUUAGCCUGUGAGGCGGAAUUCACAAGCAAACGACUGAAAGUCAGCGAAGGAGAGGAAGUGAGUUUAAUUAAAUUGAAAGCUACAGAGAGUUCUGUUGUAGAGUGGCUGAAGAAUCUUGAUGAAGGGGCUACUUUGACUGAUAUUUUGAAGCACUUCAAUGGAACCAAUGAAGAUUCUGUUGUUGAACUGUUAAAUUUCCUUGAGUGUGACUUUUUGAUAUAUAAAAAAGGCAGUAUGUACAGGGCUAUGUAAUGAAUUUGAUGCAUAGGGAUUGUAUUAACCAUGCUUGUAGAAAGCGGUGUUUUUUAAUGGUCUCUUGCAUUGUUCCUAAAAUGUUAGGUGAAUUGUGAGUUUGAAUUUUGCAUAACCAAAGUUUAAUGUUGCGAAGA